CUCCUGCCCGCCGCUCCGGCGCGGCUCGGGCUCCGGACCACAGGACUGCGAACGGCCGGCUGAGCCCCGGGCGUGCCGCUAGCGAAGCAGCACAGGGCCCAGGAUGGCGCUCUCAGUGAUGGGGCUCAUCGUCUGCUGCCUCCUGCAAACCAUCCUCUCACUGAACCCCGAGGACCCCAAUGUGUGCAGCCACUGGGAGAGCUAUGCCGUGACUGUCCAGGAAUCGUACGCACACCCUUUUGACCAGAUCUACUAUACACGAUGCACAGACAUCCUCAACUGGUUCAAGUGCACCAGGCACCGGAUCAGUUAUAAGACGGCGUAUCGGCGUGGGCUCCGGACCAUGUACCGGCGGAGGUCGCAGUGCUGCCCUGGCUACUAUGAGAACGGAGACUUCUGCAUACCCCUGUGUACAGAGGAGUGUGUGCAUGGCCGCUGCGUUUCCCCGGACACCUGCCACUGUGAGCCUGGCUGGGGAGGUCCCGACUGCUCCAGCGGCUGCGACAGCGACCACUGGGGCCCCCACUGCAGCAACCGGUGCCAGUGCCAGAACGGGGCGCUGUGCAACCCCAUCACCGGCGCCUGCGUGUGCGCCGCCGGCUUCCGCGGCUGGCGCUGCGAGGAGCUCUGCGCGCCCGGCACCCACGGCAAGGGCUGCCAGCUGCCGUGCCAGUGCCGCCACGGCGCCGGCUGCGACCCCCGCACCGGCGAGUGCCUCUGCGCGCCCGGCUACACCGGCGUCUACUGCGAGGAGCUGUGCCCGCCUGGAAGCCACGGGGCUCACUGUGAGCUGCGCUGCCCCUGCCAGAAUGGGGGCACCUGCCACCACAUCACUGGCGAGUGUGCCUGCCCCCCAGGCUGGACGGGAGCAGUGUGUGCCCAGCCCUGCCCACCGGGGACGUUUGGCCAGAACUGCAGCCAGGACUGUCCUUGCCACCACGGAGGGCAGUGUGACCACGUGACUGGGCAGUGCCACUGCACAGCUGGAUACAUGGGGGACAGGUGCCAAGAGGAGUGCCCCUUCGGGACCUUCGGCUUCCAGUGCUCCCAGCGCUGUGACUGCCACAACGGGGGCCAGUGUUCGCCCACCAGCGGUGCCUGUGAGUGUGAGCCUGGCUACAAAGGCCCCCGCUGCCAGGAGCGGCUGUGCCCCGAGGGCCUGCACGGCCCAGGCUGCACCUUGCCCUGCCCCUGUAACGCCGACAACACCGUCAGCUGCCACCCAGUAACUGGAGCUUGCACCUGCCAGCCGGGAUGGUCUGGCCACCGCUGCAAUGAGUCCUGCCCUGCUGGCUACUAUGGCGAUGGCUGCCAGCUGCCUUGCAUCUGUCAGAACGGCGCCGACUGCCACAGCAUCACUGGGAGCUGCGCUUGUGCCCCGGGCUUCAUGGGGGAGAUCUGUGCAGUCCCCUGUGCAGCAGGGACCUACGGCCCCAACUGCUCGUCUGUCUGCAGCUGUACCAACGGCGGCACCUGCUCCCCGGUGGAUGGCUCCUGCACCUGCAAGGAGGGGUGGCAGGGUCUCGACUGCGCCCUGCCGUGUCCCAGCGGGACGUGGGGCCUGAACUGCAAUGAGAGCUGUGCCUGUGCCCACGGGGCGGCCUGCAGCCCCUCCGAUGGCUCCUGCGCCUGCGCCCCCGGCUGGCUGGGGGACACCUGCGAGCUGCCCUGCCCGGAUGGCACGUUUGGGCUGAACUGCAGUGAGCGCUGUGACUGCAGCCAUGCUGAUGGCUGUGACCCCAUCACGGGCCACUGCUGCUGCCUGGCCGGGUGGACAGGCAUCCACUGCGAUAGCACGUGUCCACCGGGUCGCUGGGGCCCCAACUGCUCCGUGUCCUGCAGCUGCGAGAACGGCGGCUCCUGCUCUCCAGAGGACGGGAGCUGCGAGUGUGCCCCGGGCUUCCGAGGACCCUUAUGCCAGAGAAUCUGCGCCCCUGGGUUCUAUGGCCACGGCUGCGCCCAGCCGUGCCCCCUCUGUGUGCACAGCAGCGGGCCGUGCCAUCACAUCAGUGGCGCGUGUGAGUGCCUCCCUGGAUUCUCCGGAGCUCUCUGCAACCAAGUGUGUGCUGGAGGGCACUUUGGGCAGGACUGUGCCCAGCUCUGCUCCUGUGCCAACAACGGGACCUGCAGCCCCAUCGAUGGCUCCUGCCAGUGCUUCCCUGGGUGGAUUGGCAAGGACUGCUCACAGGCUUGCCCACCUGGGUUCUGGGGCCCCGCCUGCUUCCACACAUGCAGCUGCCACAACGGGGCGAGCUGUAGCGCCGAGGAUGGGGCCUGCCACUGCACCCCUGGUUGGACCGGACUCUUCUGCACGCAGCGCUGCCCAGCAGCGUUUUAUGGGAAGGACUGUGGGCGCGUGUGCCAGUGUCAGAACGGCGCCAGCUGUGACCACAUCAGCGGCAAGUGCACCUGCCGCACGGGCUUCACCGGGCGACACUGUGAGCAGAGAUGUGCCCCAGGAACCUUUGGCUACGGGUGUCAGCAGCUAUGUGAGUGCAUGAACAAUGCCACCUGUGACCACGUCACGGGCACCUGCUACUGCAGCUCUGGAUUCAAAGGGAUCAGAUGUGACCAAGCUGCCCUCAUGAUGGAGGAGCUGAAUCCCUACACCAAGAUCAGCCCAGCGCUGGGUGCGGAGCGGCACUCGGUGGGGGCCGUCACGGGCAUCGUCCUCCUGCUGGUCCUCAUUGUGGUGUUGCUGGGCCUGUUCGCCUGGCGCCGGCGGCGCCAGAAGGAGAAGGGCCGGGACCUGGCUCCCCGUGUCUCCUACACACCUGCCAUGAGGAUGACCAGCACUGACUACUCCCUCUCAGAUUUGUCUCAAAGUAGCAGCCACGCCCAGUGCUUUUCCAAUUCCAGCUACCACGCACUGGCGUGCGGGGGGCCUGCCACCAGCCAGGCCAGCAGUCUGGACAGGAACAGCCCCACCAAGGUGCUUGUGGAAUGGAUAGACGUCAGAACACAUACAUUAUGGACAAAGGCUUCAAAGUUGCACCUGCUUAGCAAACGCUUGUGGGCUUUUUUAUACAUGCCAACUAAACGUCUUCGGAAAUGUAAAACACCAUUAUCCAACGAAUUAGUACCAGUUAAAUUGAUUAUAAAAUCUGAAAUAAAGUCAAUCUACCUGCCCCAGAGGGCUCCUGUCAUUGCGCUGGCGAGGAACACCAACCUGCACCUGCUGGCUUCUGGGGCAUGAGGAAUGAAAAUGAUACCUAAUGUUAAUAUUGUAUGACGCUCCACCCUGACGAGAUCUCUAUCCCAGAGAGCGAGGAAGCCAGGACUAAUCCCUAACACACGGGAACUGUAAGACGGAUCAUCCUUUUAGGAAGCGUACAGGUGAAACCAAAGGUGAAAGGUCAGGUCCUGUCCUGGGCUAGGCCCUAGGUUUAAAUGACAUAACAUGUGAAACAGGUGGCUUUGAAAAUUAUGUCACUUAUUAACUGUGACCAACCUCUCCAAGGCCCAGUUUCCUCUCCUGCAAGGUUGGGAUAAUCAUCCCUGUCCUGUGGUCUAAAAGGUUAUCCUGUGUCUGAUAAAAUCACAGGGGGGAGCUGUUUUUGCAUAUUGUAAAGGGUUGUACUAAUGUAACAGAGCUGUCCUUUUGUCUCUGAGGUCUGUUUAAAAGAGUCUCAGCCAAACUGAAAGAUACGAGUGGUAUCAACAACCCCAGUAGGUAUCCUAAAUCUAGCUGUGCACCAGAACUGCCUGGAGAGUGCCUCAGGGUAUCCUCAUGUAGCAAGUCACCCAACUGACACUUAGGAACCACUGGUCUAGACUGACUCAGAUUUCCCAUUCUGGUCUAGACUUACCCUUAGAACACGUAAGACCACUUCCUAACCAAGGAGAGCUAGUCAUCUACAGCCCUCAGUGGGGUGGUUAUUAGAAGUGGGGGUGAGCCAGGGGCGGGUGGUGGUGAGAACUGUGCUGAACAAGACAGCAGGAAGGCCAAGCCCCCAUCAGCGCCUGUUAGGAUGUGCAUGGUCCAGGAGAACAAUGUGAGGCCAGGAGGUCGCCCGCAGGCUCCUGGCCAGCCAGAGGGUACUACACCCUUGGGAGCAUCACUGUGGCCAUUUUGUGUUAGUUUUGAUUUAACCCGUCCAAAUAAAGGCCAACACCAUUCCAGUAGAUGAGGCUAACCAACAGCAAAGACAACUAUACUGUUUUAUCACUAUGACCUGGGACCUCAGUUUCUUCUCAAAGAGGCACGGGGAUUGGUCAGAAGGGCCCUGAGAGUGUGCAUGACGCAAGCGUGAAUAAGCCCGGCCAGGCCCAGACGCCUCACCAAAGGAGCACGCAGCUUCCCUGUGCGCUCUGCUGUCCUGUGUUGUGAGGAGAGCAGCUGCUUUCAGACUCGCAGCCAUAAAUGUAAAACAAAGCUAAGGACAGCAGUGUCUCCGCCUUGGCGUCAUUCAUUCCUGUUUUGUGGGAUCACAACAUCUGAGCCUCUGAGUGCGGGGACGGCCUAGCAGGCUAGCAGCCAGAUUUCGUUUCACCACUCUGGCUACAAUCAUCCUUUAGAGAGAAAAGAGGGAGGGCUGUGUAGGUAAAUGUACCGGCAGUUGCUGGUGACCAACACAUCAGAACAAGAGGAGAAUGGAAUGUCACAGUUCAGAACUUGACAGAAAUACUUCUUAAAGACGUGGACUAAACCCAACUAACUGGUUCAACUCCCCAAAUAAACACUUAAUAAACUAGUUUGUACCAGAAUUAUUUCCUAAAACUACUGGGCCAAACCAAAUCAUAACUACCAAGAGUUAAGAGUCUCAGUGUUUUCUGAACUCAGUGAGAAAGAGCCAGGCCUGGGAGUUAAAAGAUUUG